CAAAGGGAAGACGGUGAGCCGGAGGAGUCAGUCGUAGGGGCGAGCAGGAACGAUCCUGUCGGCAAACAGGUUAUGAGUGCCAAGUGAGCCACCCUUGGCGCAGGGAACGCCGUCAGCACUUUGUUAACGAUGGAUGCCGAAAAGAAACCGGAGAACGAUGAGGAUGAAGAUGUAAGCAGAGAAGCAGAAGACCCGAGGAAGAUUUCACCCCAUGACGGGAUGGACUGUGACCUCGUGUCUGAUGUGAUGGUGGGUUCCGCUGAGAAUCCCACGAGCAAAAGAGCUUUCUCAGAUUCAGCAAACAGCGUCAUUUUGGAGGAAGAUGGCAGUAAUCGCGCUUCCAAGCGAAUGAAGUUAGGUGAGGCCGAGCCCCUUAGACCCGGAGAGCAGGGCGUUCGUGGGUGCUCAGAAGUGGGGGUCCCGUCAGGGGACACAGCGAAGGCAUCCAUCUCGGAGGGCGACGCGUGUCUCCCUACGGCCUGCUCCCCUCUCUUCAGCUUUAGCACAGUGGACGUGGCCUCGCUGAAAACAGACGCCAGAAGGAAGUCUGCGCAGGAAGUGGUUUCCCUUGACCCAGAAGCAGACGCUCCUCUGGCCGCGAAAGAGACGACUGGUGUUGGCUGCACUGUGGGAAGCGCAGAUUCGGUGUUCAAGUGUAACACAUGUGACCAUUUGUUUUCUUCUUGCUCUGAUCUGGAAAAGCAUGCUGAGGGCCACAUGCCAGCGUCCGAGGGGGCUGCCCUCUGCCACUGCGGCCACAGGACGGGGGACAGCGCGGCCCUGCGGGGGCACGUCACGCAGACAUGCGGGCCGCAGGAAGCCUUUUCCUGUGAUCUGUGUGGCUUUCAGUGUGUGGAAGAGAACCUUCUGAAUGCACAUUGUCUUGGCAAGACACACCUGCGGCGUCAGAAUCUUGCUGCUCGUGGAGGAUUUGUGCAGAUCUUAACAAAACAACCUUUUCCUAAGAAACCGUGUACCGUCGGAACAAAAAAUGUUUGCGCAAAGCUAAGGGUGUCUAACCAGAUUGCAAAGAAUAGUGAUUCAAAAGGACUAAGAAACGUUGGAAGCAAAUGUAAAGACUUCAGAGGAAGCAUUUCUAAACAGAGUGAAAGUAGCAGUGAGCUUGUUGAAAUGAGGCCAUCCAGGAAUACUUUGCUAGAAAAGGGAGAGAUUGUUGAAGAAAAUGUCACUUCUCUUGGUACAGCUCGAAGUCCUGAAAACCAGAGUAAAAAGUUAGGAGCCUUAGUAACUGCACAGGGUCUCUUAGACAGACUGGAAUCUACCAAAAGGGCCUUACAGACAGCGCACGGCAUCGGCACAGCCUCGAGACCAAGACCCGAGCGAAGCGCGCUCUCGCUGGCCAGCAGCUUCCGACGGCGAAGUGGCACGUUCCCCUUAAAAGGCCAGGCCAAGAAAAGAUUUAAUCUUUUAGGAAUUAAUAAAAGAGGUACCAGCGAGACUCUGAAGAUAUACAUGAAACACUUUAGGACACAGAUGAAGACAGGCGACACAGAGUCCGUGCCGAGGCUUGUGGAAGCGAGUGGCGGUGCCCACGGUCCGAGCGUGACUUCCUCGGAAACCGAGGACCUGAAGCAGGACGAGAGAAAUGCCCGCCUCCUUUGCUCCUUGGAGUCUCCGGCAGUGAGGGCAGCCUCUGACCGGCAGGCGUCGCAUGCAUGUACAGACUGUGGUCAGGUGGCUGCAGGUAGGACAGAGCUGGAAGUCCACAUGCAAAGGUGCCACGCAAGAGAGGUACAGGUGUCCUGCCAGACAUGUGACGUUCCCAGUGCAUCGAGGCGGGACCCAGAGGUGCAUUUGCACAACAACCAGCAUCAGCCAGCUGCCUCUGUCCUCCACUGCCCGGGCUGCUCGUUCGUGCCCUCGGACGAAAUGCUUCUCCGAGACCACGUGAGGGAGAAGCAUGGCACAGGCGUCUUUUGUUCUCCCUGUGAGCUCUUCUUCUUGUCUGAGAAGGACAUGGAGGAACACAAGGCGACGGAGAAGCACCUUGACUUAUUGGCUCAGCCAAAGACUUCGCAAUCACUUAACGAUGAUUCGGUUUCACAGGCUUUAAGUACUUUAGAAUCAGAAAACACAAAAGGGUCUAUGAGCAAGUCAGGAGGAGUGGCGCAGGAAGAGCCGGCCAAGCCCCGGGCGAGCCACGGCAGCGAAACGAGGCAUUCGAGUAGGCCUCAGUUUCAGUGCAAGAAGUGUUUUUACAAAACAAGGUCUUCCACUGUCCUCACAAGGCACAUAAAGCUCCGGCACGGUCAGGACUACCACUUUCUUUGUAAAGCAUGUAACCUUUAUUCACUGAGCAAAGAAGGAAUGGAGAAACACAUUAAGAGAAGCAAACAUCUUGAAAAUGCUAAGAAAAAUAAUAUCGGUUUAAGCUUUGAGGAGUGUAUUGAAAGGGUCUGCAUAGGCGCCAGUGACAAAAAGGAAGAGUUUGCCGUUUCCGGAAACGACAGGGCCGAAGGCCGGGCCGAAGGCGUGCAGGGGCAGGAGUGCCCCUCCUUGGGGGAGAGCGGGCUGACCGCCAAGGAGCCGCCGCAGCCUGGCGGGGUCACCAAAGAUGACGGCUUGGCUGUGAGCGCCACUCCGAAGAGAGGGAGACCGAAAGGCAGCAUCUCACGGACGUGUUCGCACUGCGGCCUUCUGGCCUCGAGUAUCACAAACCUGACCGUUCACAUUAGACGGAAACACAGUCACCAGUACAGCUACUUAUGCAAAGUGUGUAAGUAUUACACCGUGACUAAGGGAGACAUGGAACGCCAUUGUGCCACCAAGAAACACAAAGGGCGUGUAGAAAUCGAAGCCAGUGGGAAACAAAGUUCAGAUAUCAUUAUUGGCCCAGAAGGGGGUAGCCUUGCAGCCUGUAGCAAGAACACCAGUUCAGAGGAACGCGCUAAUAAGUCAGCUGAACCAGAUCCCUCCAUUUCAGAAAAGCCAGGACAAGAGCAUGGAGAUUCGAUUGAGGUCAGAGUUGAAAAUGUACUUCAUCCUAUAGGCGGGGGAGCUAGCAGUAGUCACCUUACUGACGAGAAGGAGCAAGGACGUCUGGAGCCAGAGGACCUGGCGCAGCCGGGGGAGGCAUGCUCCCAGGCAGCAGCCACGGGCACCGGGGGUAAUAAAUGUGCACACUGCGAGUUUGGCGCUCACUCUCCUGCUUCUCUAGAGCUGCACGUGAAACGGAAGCACACAAGAGAGUUUGCGUUUUAUUGCAUGGCGUGUGACUACUAUGCGGUGACUCACCGGGAGAUGACGAGGCACGCUGCAACCGAAAAGCACAAGGUGAAAAGGCAGUCUUACCUGGACGCUUCUGACGUAGAGAGAUCCCCAGGAACUUCCAGAAACAUCGCUGUGCCUGAGGAGCAGCCUCAGCACAAUUCUGCAGAAUUUCGAAUAAUUGCCGACCAGCCGCCCGAAACUCUUAAAACCAGAAAUGCUGCCGAUGGUUCUAUUUUAGAUGAGAACCCUAACUUAGACAUGCCUAAAGUGCUCUGUGUCCCUGACUCUAUAGAAGUUGAGACGGAAGAAGAAUCUAAUCUCAGUGAAGAUGCUUCCUUUUGUGAAACUUUCCAACGGCCCCUCGCCAAGGAUAAAGUUAGGGACCCGGAGGAGAUGGUGCCCCUUAACAUUUCCCCUAAUCACAGCUCCCCCAGUAAAUUUCAAAAUGAAAAUUCGGGAAUCUCAGCUUUGAAUUAUGAGGUAGUCAGGAACAACCACAAUAGGUCGAGUGACAUUGGGGAUCCAAGUGGACACUGCGAGAGUGAUGGAGGCAAUGGCGGAGACAAGGCAGGUGGAGCCCUCAGCAAGCCCAGGUGUCCCGGAGGUGUGGACGGAGCCCGUUCGGCUGCAGGCGCCGCCCCCGUGGUGCUGAGAAUGACAGAAGGACCACUAACCCUGGAGGGCCGCGGUCAGGGCAGAGCUGGAACUGUGCAGAACUCAGAGGAUUCGAAAGCUAUGCAAAUAGAAAGUAAGGACAUUCUGAUAAAUUCUCAACAAGAAACUGAGAUUAUUAUGGAGGAGGAUGGUCCAGCUUCUGAAAGCAUAGUCGAAAGUAACAGUGUUUAUGAAACUAUAAUCAGUAUUGAUGAUAAAGGACAGGCCAUGUAUAGUUUUGGCCGGUUUGAUUCUUCCAUAAUAAGAAUAAAGAACUCAGAAGAUGGAGAGCUGAUAGACCCACCUGAGGAAGGUCUGAUCGCAGCAGAAGUGAGAAUGAGCGAGUCGCCCCUGAAAGACUGUGCUCAGGUUGCGAAAAAGAAGAAAUGCGAAGGCAGCUCCUGCGGCGAAUCUCCGCGCAUCCGCUGUGACGACUGUGGUUUCUUAGCAGAUGGGUUGAGUGGACUGAACGUCCACAUAGCCAUGAAGCAUCCUACGAAGGAGAAACACUUCCACUGCCUCCUGUGCGGAAAGUCCUUCUACACAGAGAGCAACCUGCACCAGCACCUGGCCAGUGCCGGCCACAUGCGCAACGAGCAGGCCAGCGUGGAGGAGCUCCCGGAGGGUGGGGCCACCUUCAAGUGUGUCAAGUGCACGGAGCCCUUCGACUCGGAGCAGAACUUGUUUCUGCACAUCAAAGGACAGCACGAGGAGCUGCUUCGGGAGGUGAACAAGUACAUAGUGGAGGACACCGAGCAGAUCAACCGCGAGCGGGAGGAGAACCAGGGCAAUGUCUGCAAGUACUGCGGCAAGAUGUGCCGCAGCAGCAACUCCAUGGCCUUCCUGGCCCAUAUCCGCACGCACACAGGAUCAAAACCAUUCAAGUGCAAGAUCUGCCAUUUUGCAACAGCUCAGCUUGGCGAUGCCAGAAACCACGUCAAAAGGCACCUUGGGAUGAGGGAGUACAAGUGUCAUGUGUGCGGGGUUGCUUUUGUAAUGAAGAAGCACUUAAAUACUCAUCUACUAGGCAAACAUGGAGUUGGCACCCCGAAAGAAAGGAAGUUCACGUGCCACCUGUGUGACAGGAGCUUCACCGAGAAGUGGGCCCUGAACAACCACAUGAAGCUGCACACGGGGGAGAAGCCCUUCAAGUGCACCUGGCCCACGUGCCACUACUCCUUCCUCACUGCCUCGGCCAUGAAGGACCACUACCGGACCCACACAGGCGAGAAGUCGUUCCUGUGCGACCUCUGUGGCUUCGCGGGCGGCACGCGGCACGCCCUCACCAAGCACCGCCGGCAGCACACAGGAGAAAAGCCUUUCAAGUGCGACGAGUGUAACUUCGCCUCCACCACCCAGUCCCACCUCACGCGGCACAAGCGGGUGCACACGGGCGAGAAGCCCUACCGGUGCCCCUGGUGCGACUACAGGUCCAACUGUGCCGAAAACAUCCGCAAACACAUUUUACACACCGGCAAACACGAGGGCGUCAAGAUGUACAACUGCCCCAAGUGUGACUACGGCACCAACGUCCCUGUGGAGUUCCGGAACCACUUGAAAGAGCAGCAUCCUGACAUCGAAAACCCCGACCUGGCUUACCUGCAUGCAGGCAUUGUUUCCAAGUCCUACGAGUGCCGCCUGAAGGGCCAAGGAGCCACAUUCGUGGAGACUGACAGCCCGUUCACCGCGGCCGCGCUGGCGGAGGAGGCCCCCGUGGCAGACAGGCCCCUGAGGGGCGGCCGGAGGCCGGCGGCGCCUGAGCAGGUCCAGCAGGUCAUCAUCAUCCAGGGCUACGACGGGGAGCUCGCCCUCGACGCCUCCGUGGAGGAGACGGCCGCAGCCACGCUGCAGACACUGGCGCUGGCUGGCCAGGUGGCCCGCGUGGUGCACAUCACCGAGGACGGGCAGGUCAUCGCUGCGAGUCCAGGCGGGGCGCACAUGGGCGGCGGGGCAGCCGAGCCGGUCCUGCCGGAGCAGAUGGCGGAGGAGGCCACGCAGGUGGUGGUGGUGGGGGGCUCGAUGGGGGGCCCCCUGGCCGAGCCCCUCAGCCCCGGCAGCGCCGUGCUGCAGCAGGUGAGCAAGCAGGAGCUCCUGGACCUCAGCGAGGCCGCUGUUGCCCAGCCCGACGCCGCCUCCGCCUUGGACGCCCUGCUGUGUGCUGUCUCCGAGCUGGGAGGGGCCGAGGGCCGGGCCGGGCCUGCUGACAAGGUCAGAGCCGGCCACAAGGAGGUGCUGGUCCAGCUGCCCAACCAGGAGGCGCAACCCGCGGCCCAGCCUGAGGCGGCUGAGAUCCACCUGCUCCAGGAUGCGGAGGACGGCCCAGCCGCUGCGCAGCCCCUGGAGGUGCUGGCCCAGGUGGUGCGGCCCUCGGCCCUGGGCGCCUCGCGGGAGCCGGCCCAGGUGGCCCUCAAGAAGGUGGUGCAGGGCGUCCUCCAGUUUGCGGUGUGCGAUGCGGCCACGGCCAGCCCUCUGGGGAAGGACGGCGUCGCACAGGUCAUCGUGAACGAGGAGGGCGCUGUGCACAUGCUGGCGCGGGAUGGCGCCCUCCUUGUGCAGGAGGCCGCAGCCGCUGGGCCGCACGGGGAGGUCUCGCAGAUCAUCGUCACCGAGGAGCUGGUCCAGGCCGUGGUGCGGGAGUCCGCCGGCGGCUUCCCUGAGGGCGCCACCCACUACAUUGUGACGGAGCUGCCGCCAGGUGCGCAGGAGGAGGCGGCCGUGUACUCCCACACGGUGCUCGGGGCGGCGGCCAGCGCGCAGGAGCUCCUGCAGGCCGGGGCCGGGCUGGGCCCCGAGGCCGGGCUGCCUGGGGGCGCCGAGCAGCUGACCAGCAUGGUCAUCUACACCCAGGAGGGCGCCCCGGCGGCCACCGUCAUCCACAGCCAACGAGAGAGUCACGAACUCCAGGAGGCCUGAGGCGCGGGGCGGACACGGGGCCCCGGCGCCUGGGCAUGGGGUCCUGAACUGCGGCGGC